CAAACCAACUGGGUAGACAAAACACAGAAAGAGACAAAGCUGCCUGUAUGUAGAGUUGUAGAGAUUAGAGUAACGUUCAAAGGGAUAGCGUGCCACAUCCUUUCUCUAAAAUGGAUAUCCUUUACCUCUCUGGCUCCUCCAAUGCCAGUAAAGCUUAGCUUAUAAAAAGCUAAUGCCCUUUUCCUUCUGCAACGUCCUCUUCGUUCUCUCUCGCUCUCUUUAACUCCCUCUCUUUCUCUACUUUUCUUUUUAAACAAUUUGUUUUUGUUUUCUUUCCUUCAGUUUUCUCUGAAAAAGACUAGAAAAAACCAUGCUUUAUAGACUCAAUAGCAACAAUAUUUGGCUUGAAGAUCAUAAAGAAGAGCAAGAUUCAACAACAAACCAUCAUCACCACAACAACAUUACCAAUACUGCAGCUGGUUGUGGCGGGGUUAUGUUGGAGGGAAAAGAAGAAAUGGGUUCUCUUUCUACUUUCAAAUCUAUGUUUGAAGUGGAAGAUGAGUGGUACGUGACUAACAACAACAGUACUAUUCAUCAAAACCAUCAAGAUAGUAUCAAAGACCUCACUUUUUCACCAAGUCUUGUCGACCCAGAUAAUCUUUUGCUUCACCAAGUGGAUUCUUCCUCUUCUUGUUCACCUUCUUCUUCAGUUUUCAACAAUUUGGAUCCUUCUCAGGUACAUUACUUUAUGCAUCCAAAGCCCACUUUGUCUUCACUCCUCAAUGUGGUUUCUAACAACCCUUUAGAGCAUGGGUUUGAUUUGAGUGAAAUUGGUUUCCUUGAGAAUCAAGGAACAAAUUCAACUACAACAGCAAAUGUUUCAUCUCUGUUAAACAGGGGAAGUGGUGUUUUGGGGAAUUUGGGGAAUUUCACUGAUUUGAGCUCAAACAGUCAGAUUAGUAUUCCUAAUUUAUGUUCUGAUCCACAAUUUUCAAGUUCCCGCAUGCUUCAGUUGCCUGAAAAUGGUCCUGGGUUUAAUGGUUUUAGAGGGCUUGAUGAGAUUUCGGGGAAUCAGUUGUUUUUUAACAGGUCUAAAUUGUUAAGGCCUCUUGAAACUUACCCUUCAAUGGGCGCACAGCCUACCUUGUUUCAAAAGAGAGCAGCUUUGAGGAAGAACUUGGGUGAAGUUGAGAGAGAUAAAGGGAAGAGAGAAAUGACUCAAAUUAGUGAAGAGAAAGACAAGAAGAGAAAAUUUAGUAGUGGAGAUGAUUUUCUUGAGGAUGUUAGCUUUGAUGGGUCGGGUUUGAAUUAUGAUUCUGAUGAAUUUACUGAGAAUACUAAUUUGGAGGAGACUGGCAAGAAUGGUGGAAACAGUUCAAAGGCGAAUAGUGGUGUUACUGGUGGUGGUGUGGAUCAAAAGGGGAAGAAAAGGGGGCUUCCAGCUAAGAAUUUGAUGGCAGAGAGGAGGCGCCGGAAGAAACUCAAUGAUAGGCUGUACAUGCUGAGGUCUGUUGUUCCAAAGAUCAGCAAAAUGGAUAGGGCAUCAAUCCUUGGGGAUGCAAUUGAUUACUUGAAAGAACUUCUGCAAAGGAUUAAUGACCUCCAUAAUGAAUUGGAGUCAACUCCCCCCAGCUCUUCAUUGACGCCAACCACUAGUUUUCAUCCUUUGACACCGACUCCAUCAGCGCUGCCCAGCCGUAUCAUGGACAAACUUUGCCCCGGCUCAUUGCCAAGCCCAAAUGGCCAACCUGCAAGGGUCGAGGUUAGAGUGAGAGAAGGGCGAGCUGUAAACAUCCACAUGUUUUGUGGCCGCAAACCAGGUCUUUUGCUCUCCACUAUGAGAGCUUUGGAUAACCUUGGGCUAGACAUCCAGCAAGCUGUCAUUAGCUGUUUCAAUGGUUUUGCCAUGGAUAUCUUCCGAGCUGAGCAAUGCAAAGAAGGGCAGGACAUGCAUCCAGAUCAAAUUAAAGCAGUCCUACUGGAUUCAGCUGGCUUCCAUGGCGCGAUGUAGUAAUCAGUUGAACUUGAAGAAACGUUAUGAAGCUCAGUUGCCUGGUGACGGGAAAAGUUGCUCAAUUGUUGUCUUUCUGUCAAUCGAAGUGGUCUUCUAUGUCACCAAUAGUGUUAUUAGUUAGUUGCCUCUAAAGGCUGCUGUAGGGUAGGUAUCAUGCAGAAAAACUCACCAUCAGUUUGAAUUUUUGAAAGAAUCAAGAUUCUAUA